AUGGCUAAGCCACAGACCCUCAACCCACGCUCCCUCCAAACUCGCCUCUCCCACAUCCUCCAACACUGGCCCUCAGACGCCGUCCGCCCAGCCUCAGUCUCAGUCCAAACCUAUCUCCAAAACCAACUAGGCCAGAACCAACCCACAAACACCUCAUCACAGUCUCCCUCCACUACAUCAAAGUCCACCCCUAAGAUCUCCGAGUCCUCCGUGAACGCGCUGUCCGCACUCCUAGAAAACCGCUUCGCAAACAGAUACCCCCUGUCGGAAAAGAUUCGCUACCCGGCUAGUGACCCGGAGCACUAUGAUAAUCUGAUUCGGGAGUUUGCGGAGGCGCCGAAUCGGGAUUGGUUUGGAAGGUUGAGGAAGAGAUUGGGUGGGUUGUUGCGGUUGCAGUGA